AUGAUAAAUGCCCGCUUUGCGGGAAUCGAAGAUCGGCUUCUACCUCAGCCCAGACUAAGACCCGCGAUAGCUGCCGACAGGCGACAGACCGCUAAAACACCAACGGCAUCAGGUGCUUCGCUACAGAGUGAGGACUUGGAGGUCUUUCCUGCCCUCCCUCCUUCUUCCUUCCCUAACACAACGGAGAGUGGGAAUCUGAAUGCAAAAAACGGAAAGAAGAACAAAACAAAGAAGAUGACGAUGGCCGCAAAAGAAGCAAUGGCGACUGCAGCAGCACGGACAAUGAUUUCAACACAACCGAUUUCCUCCAACGGCAAGUCUGAUGUAGCGAAACCGACUGAAUGGAGCAGGGUAGUGGCAGGCGGAAAAACAAAUACGAUAGUUGAGGCUAACAAGAAAAAGAAGGAACCAAAGCCAAGGCUACGACCGCCAAAAACUGCGGCUAUCACGUUGACGUUGAAACCGGAUGCAAUCACUGCUGGAAUGACCUAUGAGUCGGUACUUUGCGAAGCGAAGGGAAAGAUUGAUCUUCCGUCCCUGGGCAUCGAAUCGGUGCGCUUCCGAAAGGCUGCAACUGGAGCUCGUCUACUUGAAGUAUCGGGAGAGGGCAUUCAUUCAAAAGCGGAUACGCUGGCCGAGAAAUUAAAAGCGGUCCUGAGCCCGGAUAUGGUAAAGGUGCAACGUCCCAUGAUGCGCACUGACUUUCGGGUCUCUGGACUUGACGAUUCAGUGAAACCCGAAGAGGUUGCCGAAGCUAUAGCCAAGCUGGCCGCCUGCGAGGUUGGUUAUGUCAGGGCAGGUCGAAUAGGGCCCGCUGGGGCAACAAUCGUCAGUUGCCCAACUACCUCGGCGAAAAAAGUUGUAGACGCUGGGCGAGUUGUUAUCGGGUGGACUUCUGCCAGGGUUGUACCGAUUAUGCGAAAACAACAGCGUUGUUAUCGUUGCUUAGGAGUGGGCCAUGUGGGGGCUAUAUGCAUAAGCGAAACCGAUCGGUCCCGCCAAUGCUUGAGGUGCGGUCAGGAGGGUCACGCUGUUCGUGACUGUAAACAAGACCCUCAUUGCGUCCUUUGUGCCGAGGCCAAAAAACCAGCUGCACAUCAGACUGGGGAGCAGGGAUGCACCAGUUGUAAGUCCAAAGGUGGACGCAAUAACAAGACUGCAUCUGGUCAGCUCAAGGAAAGGCAGGGACAGAGUAUGUUAACGUCCUUUGCAGUCCCCCUGGACGUAGCGGAACCCAUGGAUGCUACCCAAUAA